GGCGGGGCGGGGCGGGGCGGGCGACGCGGAGCGGCGGCGCCGGGGCAGAUGAUGGCGAUACGCGAGCUCAAAGUGUGUCUUCUUGGAGAUACUGGGGUUGGGAAAUCUAGCAUCGUUUGUCGAUUUGUCCAGGACCACUUUGAUCACAAUAUUAGUCCUACUAUUGGGGCAUCCUUCAUGACUAAAACUGUGCCUUGUGGGAAUGAGCUUCAUAAAUUUCUGAUCUGGGACACAGCUGGUCAGGAACGGUUUCAUUCCUUGGCUCCAAUGUACUACCGAGGGUCGGCAGCAGCUGUGAUAGUUUAUGAUAUCACCAAACAGGAUUCAUUUCAUACUUUGAAGAAAUGGGUGAAAGAACUAAAAGAACACGGUCCUGAAAACAUUGUAAUGGCCAUCGCUGGAAACAAAUGCGAUCUUUCUGAUAUCAGGGAGGUUCCUAUGAAGGAUGCCAAAGAAUAUGCAGAAUCUAUAGGUGCAAUUGUUGUUGAAACCAGUGCAAAGAAUGCUGUUAACAUUGAAGAACUUUUUCAAGGAAUAAGUCGGCAAAUUCCACCCUUAGAUCCUCAUGAAAAUGGUAACAAUGGAGCUAUCAAACUUGGAAAGCAGACUUCACAGAUGGGUAGGCGGUGCUGCUGACCCAACUUGAUCUUUUUAGAUUUACUUGAAAAACAGCACCGUUUGCUUUUUUCACUGAGAAAGGACUUCGUGAUAUCAGUGACGUGGCUCCUUAUCUUGAAAGCAGUAAUUUCAAUAGUUCCCAUGGGCAAUAAUGCAAGGACCAGAAGCAGAAAGCUUUACUUCAAAGGGAUUUUGCAAAACCUAGUUGGAAAAUUCUCUCUAAUAUCCUGUCAAAAUUACAAUGUCAGAGUACUCUGAGUCUCUGUUUAAGCCAAUGACUGGUUUUGUUGUUUUGGUUUUCUUUUUUUUAUAAAAAGAUCCUUUUAUAUAUAAAGUUUAGAUUUGCUGCAAAAACUUCUCUUCUUACAUUGCGAAGUGGACUCGGCAUGUUUUUAGAGUUUGCUCUGUAAUAAUAGGGUGAAAAAAACCCCAUAAACCCUGAAUUUUGGCUUACAGUUUCUCUGCCAUCUUUCUAGCUGGACUCUGCUUCAGUGGUUUUUUUUCUAAAUCUGUAGCUUCAUCUUGUACUUCCAGUAAGCACCAGCAAGAAAUGGACUGAAUUUUCUAACUGAAAAAAAAAAAAUUGGAUCCAAAGGAUAAGUGAGUGCAACUUUUACAGGCUAGAAGUCAAAAUCUGGUUCAGGAGGUGCUGUGUAUGUGAAAGAAGGAGUUGUCAUGAAGGAGACUGCUGAACCCCAUGCAGUUCCAGUCUGCUCUGGAAAGAAGACACAGCCACUGUGCUUUGUCUGGAUUGAUCCCCUUUUCGGGCUUCAUUAAUUACUGAAAUGGUAAAAAGGACAUAAACGCCAGCGUAGUCUGUGCUACUUACCAGGUUACCUUCAACUCUGUGCCCUAAUCCAUAGUUGUUUCUGCUCAAAGAUGCCACUUCCAUGGUUUCUAAGAGUGUGCCACAUUAUCCCACUCCAUGGUCUCACUGCAGUGCACUAAGGUGUCUUCAAGUCAGAAGAAUGAUAUUUCUGUACAAAAACAGCUUAAGAGAGCACGGUAUAAGUUGAGGCUAAAGGCCAGAAUCUAGUAAAACAAACCAGAGUGUGUAUUUACAAAUGCAAUUCUGCGAGUUUGUGGCAUAGUCUCCUCACCCACAUGAUGCGUUACGGAAGAUCCAGUGUGUCAUAUCUUUGAAGCUUGAUGCACUUGAAAAUACAGUGUAGGAAAAAAAAUAACCUAUAGGUGGUUAUGAACUAAAAAUAAUGUAAAACCCUUAUGUAUUCUCCACUUGCAUCUUUCAUGGAUGUGUGUGGCUAAGAUGAUAAAUUACUAUUUAUCUUCUUCAUCAGUUUCAUUGGGAAUCAGGACUAGGGUAAGAAAUGCAAGCUUCAAACCCAAAGCCCAGCCUGCAUUCCACAAUAUUUAUUUGUUCUUCUACAAGGAAAAUUAACCUCACUGCACACUUUUUGAGGGACUUACGAAAAGCACGCAGAAACAAAAAAGAGCUUUCCACAAUAAAUCAUGAACAUACAGGCUAGAGCUGGGUUCCCAUGUUUAUACAUAAAACCCCAGACGUUAUUGCUUGGUUGUGAGAUUGCUUUGAUAAAAUGGCAUUAAUUAUUAGGGCUUGAAACGGAACCAGGUGAAAUCAAUGAGAACAUUUCUUUGUCUUCAGAGGACUUGAAGCUAGUUAUAGAUGGGACACAUCCCACCAGAUUUUAUCUAAGAAUCUCAAUAGCAUUGUUUUUUUAACAUAUAAUCAAUUUCUCAGAUGUUUUGAGCUCCUUUGAAAGCACUCAUACUUCAAAAUAUGCCCUUGGAUAAUAAGCAAACUCAGACAGCUGCCAUGGGAAAGGAUAUUUUUGGUAAACCUUCAGUUGUCACCUGUGCUGAUGUAUUAUCCAAGUCACUAUUUCAUUGCAGCAACUAUUUUAUGGAUAAUCCAAGAUUAUUUUAAGUGAAAAUCCAGCAGUCAUAAUUGUUGAUAUCUGGGGAGGGAUUUAGGCUCCUUCAGGGACCAUUCCAGCCCAUCCUAGUACAAGCAAAUUCACCAGGAGUGCCUGGCUCUUUCACAGGACUGUGGAGGGAGAGGUUAACCUGGCCUUCAGUGCCAGAAAUAUCAAUCUUAUCAGCAUGACAUAUUCAAAUAAUUUAUGAGAUCUGUGACCCAAUGCUGCAAGAGAUCUGGUUCUUCCUAAUAAAACCCAGUAAAAGGCUAGACCUGUUAACUAGAAAACAAGUUGAGAUUGAACUCAUGUUUUUAAAGGUGGCAUAAAUUUUAGUUCAACAUAUAGUAGUGACGCAUAACUGAUUUUUAAGCCUUCACAAAUCUUUAUGGCCUAUUUCUUUUUCUCGCGUGACAUCUCAAAACUCAUCAAACCCUACUUGAGAUGUCUGAAAGUUUUGUAAAGCAAUUCUGCAAGUACCUUAUAUACUCUAAUUUAUGCUGGAACUGGCAAUUGAUGCUGAUCUGUAUGGAAUAGAUAGCCUUGAACAAUCAGCUCAUACAGCUGGCAUUGAGCCAUAUGUGAAUCAGAACAGGUUUACGAGUUGUAUGUUAAAAUAAUUUAAAACUGUAGGUUGUUACAAUGGAUCUCUGGCAGAUUUUAAAAUUUAAAUGCUGGCUAAGUAGGCUCAAAGAUAUUUUUGCAUUUGGUGGGCCAAAUCCGUAUCACCUUGUUCUGCUUUUAGUCAAGAAAAAGAUUUAAAUAAAAAGGAUUCUGAUUGUAUAAGUUCUUGAGGUUUGCAUUAUGGUGAAGUCACAGGUGACAAAAUAACAGGCUACUGUGCUGUGCGGAGUAGCUCACUUUUUUUUUUGAAGACAGGGCUUGCCUUCAGCAAUGAUGUUGUUUCUCUGCUCUUCUUCAAAGCUAAAGUGUAGCUUUAACCUGCCUCUUCAAGUGGGGGAAUGAUUUGAUUUUGGAAUUGUGAUUUUCAUAUGUGAAAUUCAUGAUUUCUCCUUCCUUUUGUUGCCUGUGUUCCUUGGAAAGUACCACUACCCUUCAUAAACAGCCAGAAAAAGGACAUAUUAAAAAAACCUAAACUCGGAGUCAAAAGUUUCAGCAGCAACCAGAAUUCCUCUGGAUAGUUAUUGUCUGGUGAAAAGCUGAAUUCGAGCUGAUCUGCUCUAAUAAUAAUUAUAACACUGCAAGUGUAGGUUUAGGCCAACUAGUGCUGGAUUUGUCCAAGAGCGGUUUUCUCAAGAGAGCUGGCAGCAGGGUGGAAGCACAGGCUGCAGAGCCAAGGAAGUGUGGUGGGGCUUGUUUGCACCAUGACUCAAGACUGUGAUUGUCCAGUUAUGGGUGACUUGCUUUUCUGGCUCGUCAUGAACUAGUUUAAAAACAAGAUAAUGAAGGAAUUAGUUUUCAUAUAUGUUCUGCAUAUGUGUGUGUAUAUAAGUAAAGUUUUACAUUGUUUUGCUGACGUGUAGUGUUUUCUCACUAUGUCUGGUUCUCAUAUACUGCACAUUGUAUUCUGUAAGUACUUUUUUUUGUUAAUGAUCAUUUCAGCUUUAUGAACUUAAAAGCUACAGACUGAAGGUAGCAAGAAGAUGGAGAUACACAUAGGUACAAUUGUUGACUUGCCGUUCUUAUGCAUGAAAAUGGCAUAUUGUAGAAAAAGGUGGUUUUGCAGACUGAGCAAAUUUUAAAAGGCCAUUAUUACCCAACGAUUGAAGUAAUAAAGUAACACUAAAAAAGAAAAAGAAAAUAAUUUUUUUUUUUUGGUUCAUGGUACAGCAGGUCUAUCUGAAGUGCUACAGUAUAACAAGGGUCUGUAUUAAUACCUAGGAAAGUUACCUGUAAUCCCUUGUCUUCACUAAUCCUUCAUGACACGUGGUAAUAAGCGUGACUAGAUAGAUUAUACAUGCCAGCUCGCUGCCUAGAAUUGGACCUUUUCAGUACAAUGAUGAUAUACUUUACUGUCUUACUCUUAAUUAUUUAAACCAGAGUCAGUGAUAAACUGUUUAAAAUCACCUGCCAAGUACUCUUAUUCUGUUUUUUUUUUUUAAUAUAAGGGCUUUGAUUGGGCUGGACCCACUUGCUUCAUGUAUGGGAUGCUGCAAUCUGUUAAUACUUUACCUUCUGUUUUACAUAUUAAUUGUAUCAUACCUAAUAAUGGGUGUUUUUUUGCCCUAAAAUGUAGUUUUUGUGUUUUAUUUAACCUACAAUGAUCAAUGCUAAUAAAUGUUUUAAAUGCCUCUGA